GGGAGAUAUUUGCAAGUGGAGGUUGAUGGGGGAAUUGGGCGAGAUGUGAUGGAGUUUUUGGUAAAAAGGGACAUUGUUGCCUACAGAUCCAUGGCCACCAAGGUGACAUACAUAUAUCCAUUCACUACAGCCUUAGGUGAUUCUACAGGCCAGAUAGACAGAAUGAACCAGAUCAAGGAGGCUUUGGGCUGGUAUUCUCCAAGCUUUGAAUCUAUGGAUAAUUAAAUAUAUUUCAAUUUGAAUAAGCAAUGUUAUGUUUCAACCUAUCAUGUGGCUAUAUUUGUCCAAUGACAUGAAAUUUUUGGGAAAUAUAGUAAAACUG